AUGCGAUUCGCUACGCUCCGCGUGACACCGCUGUCUGCGGUAGCCGUUUUUCUGCUUGUUGUGAUUGGUGUUUGCUUCGGCGAGCUGGCUGUCGCAAGCUCCACCUUGACGACGGCGCUGUCCUCUCACGUCCUUAGCCUGACCCUGAGCGGUGCCGGCGCGGGGUCCAAUUGGCCAACGAGCACUAAUGCGCUGAGCACCGUCACAUCCACAGUUAACAGCACGGUGUGCAGUGGUUUGUCAUCCGGGGUCAGCCACUGUAACGCGUUUCUCAUACGGGUCUCUGAAACCACGCUCGGUCUCCAGCUGAGCAUCGUCACUUCGACUGCCCUUGCGGGGAACUCCACGUACUACCUACUCUCGCAGUGGGUCCACGGCAACAGCACGACCAUCUCGACGACACUGACGCGCCUGACGUCGGCCUGCGCAACAGCCCUCGGCACCUCGCUAUCCAGCCUCGAAGUCGCCACCGGCGCCUAUGCCGUGCCGUGCCGCAACUCGGACACGUAUUCCUACCUACCCGCAUGUGCUCCAGCAGAAGUCCCUGUGACGACGGUCUACAUUCUCGCGCCGUCUUCUGACCUACAGGUGUACUUCUCUGCAUACCUAUGCGGCCUCACUGCCACGGAGACGUGCAGAAAGAGCAUCGUCGUUCAGUUUCCGUCAGAGACGUCGCCGUACACUGUCGUGAACAUUACGGGCUUACCAAAAGCGUUAGAGGCGGUCCUGGCGUACGUCGCCGAUGUGCGCGCCGGUUUCGCGGGCAUGCCUCAGGCAGUGGGCCCGGCAGUGGGCAGCACCACGGCGGCGGUAACCGCCAGAGCGGUUGAGUUGCGGUACCGCGGCAUGCAUGCGGUACUCUUCUCCACGAACGAGAAGACGCGCAUCUACUCCUCUACCACCCGUAUGACAAUUGAGUGUCACGCGAGCUUCGGCUACUGGGCCUUGGUCUUCAUCGCAAUACUCCCGCUCUGCGCCAUCCUCUUCCGCUACGUGUGGUUCCGAGGACGGCAGCGGUCCAAGAAACAGGAGCGCCGCCGCGUCGUCGAUGAUGAGAUGCGCAUCAUGCAAGGGUGCACGAACCCGGCCGAUGCGCCGGGCGCCGAAAGCGGGCCGCCGCCUGGUUUCGAUGCAUCCGUCACUGGUAUCGGCAGCACCACGCCGCAGUGGGUCAUGAAUGCAAAUGGUAACUACUACGACGCAAACGCCGCAGACGACAACGCCGUCGCGCAAGCCGACGCGGCGACGCACCAGAUGUACGUGACCCCUGACACUGGUGAGACACAUCAGUACGUUGUCGAUGGCGCAAGCGACGCAGGCGGGGCGGUGGCGACGGCGGCAUCACAGCCAUCACAGCAAACUGGCAAUGCCACGGAUGACAACGCGAUCUACCAGACCUACGUUAACCCCGAGACCGGGGAAACGUACCAAUACACAACCGGUGCGACUGCGGCGGGGCAAGAGCAGGGGCAGGCAGCCGAAGCGUCCGUUGCCCAAGGUGCUCAAAACACCGCUGCCGGCGACAGCUACCAAACCUACGUAGACCCGAGCACCGGGGAGACGUACCAAUACACGCAGGUGGACGCCGAUGCAGGGGCGCGCGAGUACCAGUACGUAGAUUCCGUGACAGGAGAGACUUACCAGUACGCCAACCCGAACGCUGCAGGCGUCUACGAGUACGUUGACCCGACAACCGGUGAAACCUACCAGUACACCGCCGAGGCUGGAGAGAACAACAGUACGGCGGCGGGGCAGGAGCAUGGCGCUGCCGGUACCGGCAACGUCUACGUUGACCCCCAGAGGGAGGAGAUGUACGAGUACGAGGCACCGCAGAAGUAA